AUGCACUUCAGCCCCCUGCCGCUUCUGCUUCUGGGUUCAGCCAACCUUAUCCUUUCGGCUGCUCAGAUGCCGCAGAUCAAGUUUUGCAACGAGCCGGAACUAGCCGAGCCGUGUGUCGUUGAAAACAUCGUACCAGGCCAAUGCAAGCUGAUUCCGGACUCCAAUGCGAAGGGUGAUAAAGGUAGCAGCAUGACGCUUAUCCACGCCGGGAACCUCGCCUGCCGACUCUACGACAACAACGAAUGUGGUAUGAAACAUAUUUAUACUAUUCCUCUGGAUGGGUACUAUGAGAUGACUGGGUACCGAAUCUGGAGAUCGUACAAGUGCGACGACAAAUCCGAGAUGUGA